UUCUUUCCUCAAAGUCACACCUCUUUUUUCCCGAUGAAAAUGCGAGCCCUUUCCUUUUUAAAUUACCACUCAACUGCAACAAAUCUUUGAUCUAAACUUGCUUCGCCUUUCUUCUCUUUGUUUCCUUGUUUUUUUUUUCUUAUAUAAAAGAUUGAUACAAGAGUGAGACGCACAGUCAGUUUUGCUGUAUGUCAGUAGAUUGUAUUGAGACUAACUGCGGUGGAUUUGGAGAGCUCGCGAACCCUUUACAAUGGCCUCAGCUAAGAAAACGACGACGCUUCUUUCUUCUUCAUCAUCGUCUUCCCCUUCUUCAUGUUGCGCUCCCCGCUCCGUCGUUUCCACCGCGCCUCUUCCCGCCUCCGCCUCCAAUGUGCUACACGACUGGACGGUCACCUCUGCGGAUCAACGCGCCACCAAAGCUGCCAUGGCGUCCGUGAUUCGCCCCGUUGAUCCUCUUCCUGAUACCUCCGCCACUGCAUCCACCAAAGGGAUCCAAAUCUUGACAAGGCCUCAAACCAGCCAUCCUUUGGACCCUUUAUCUGCUGCUGAGAUCUCUGUAGCAAUUGCUACUGUCAGGGCUGCUGGAGCCACUCCUGAGGUAAGAGAUAGCAUGCGCUUUGUGGAAGUUGUUCUUUUGGAGCCAGACAAGCAUGUUGUUGCUUUGGCAGAUGCUUAUUUCUUCCCACCUUUCCAACCCUCAUUACUUCCCAGGACUAAAAAGGGCCCAGUGAUCCCUACCAAGCUCCCUCUCAGGCGAGCUAGAUUGGUUGUCUAUAACAAAAUUUCCAAUGAGACAAGUAUUUGGAUUGUUGAGUUAUCAGAAGUACAUGCAGUAACUCGAGGAGGGCAUCACAGAGGAAAAGUAAUAUCAUCUCAAGUUGUUCCAGAUGUUCAGCCUCCUAUGGAUGCUAUGGAAUAUGCUGAAUGUGAAGCUGUUGUGAAAGACUUUCCUCCAUUCCGAGAAGCAAUGAAGAAGAGGGGUAUUGAGGACAUGGACCUUGUGAUGGUUGAUCCUUGGUGUGUUGGUUAUUAUAGCGAUGCUGAUUCUCCUAGCAGAAGACUUGCUAAACCACUUAUAUUCUGCAGAACUGAAAGUGACUGUCCCAUGGAAAAUGGCUAUGCUCGCCCAGUUGAGGGAAUUUUAGUACUUGUUGAUAUGCAAAAGAUGAAGGUGAUUGAGUUUGAAGACCUUAAAUUUGUUCCUUUACCUCCGACUGAUCCCUUGAGGAAUUAUACUUCUGGAGAAACAAGAGGCGGUGCUGAUCGAAGUGAUGUGAAACCCUUACAGAUUGUUCAGCCAGAAGGUCCAAGCUUUCGUGUUAGUGGGUGUUUUGUCGAGUGGCAGAUGUGGAAUUUCCGUAUUGGUUUCACCCCAAAGGAGGGCUUGGUUAUAUACUCUAUUGCAUAUGUUGAUGGUAGUCGAGGUCGAAGGUCUGUUGCUCAUAGAUUGAGUUUUGUGGAGAUGGUUGUGCCAUAUGGGGAUCCAAAUGAUCCACAUUACCGAAAGAAUGCUUUUGAUGCUGGGGAAGAUGGCCUUGGGAAAAAUGCACAUUCUCUCAAAAAGGGAUGUGAUUGUCUCGGCUAUAUCAAAUUCUUUGAUGCUCACUUUACAGAUUUCUCUGGAGGUGUUGAAACGAUUGAAAACUGUGUCUGUCUGCAUGAAGAGGAUCAUGGGAUUUUAUGGAAGCAUCAAGAUUGGAGAACAGGUUUGGCUGAAGUUCGAAGGUCUAGGCGGCUAACAGUGUCUUUCAUAUGCACUGUUGCUAAUUAUGAGUACGGAUUUUUCUGGCACUUUUAUCAGGAUGGAAAGAUUGAAGCUGAAGUUAAGCUUACAGGAAUUCUUAGCUUAGGAGCAUUACAGCCUGGAGAAUCUCGAAAAUAUGGCACAAUGAUUGCCCCAGGUUUAUACGCACCCGUUCAUCAACACUUCUUUGUGGCUCGUAUGGACAUGGCUAUUGAUUGCAAACCCGGGGAAGCUUUCAAUCAGGUUGUUGAGGUCAAUGCUAAAGUUGAGGAACCUGGUGAAAAUAACAUUCAUAAUAAUGCGUUCUAUGCAGAAGAGACCCUGCUUAAAACAGAACUCCAAGCAAUGCGUGAUUGUAAUCCCUCAACAGCUCGCCAUUGGAUUGUGAGGAAUACAAGGACGGUGAACAGGAGUGGUCAAUUGACUGGUUACAAACUUGUACCUGGCUCGAACUGUCUACCGUUAGCUGGUUCUGAGGCCAAGUUUUUAAGAAGAGCUGCUUUCUUAAAGCAUAACCUUUGGGUUACUCAGUAUGCUCCUGAUGAGAUGUUUCCUGGAGGAGAGUUUCCAAAUCAAAAUUCACGUGUUGGCGAAGGAUUGGCUACAUGGGUCAAGCAGGAUCGUUCUCUUGAGGAAACUGAUAUAGUUCUCUGGUAUGUAUUUGGAGUUACACAUGUGCCUCGAUUGGAAGACUGGCCUGUUAUGCCGGUGGAGCGCAUUGGUUUCAUGCUGAUGCCGCAUGGAUUCUUUAACUGCUCUCCGGCAGUGGAUGUCCCUCCGAAUGCAUGUGAAUUGGAAACUAAAGACAGGGAUGUCAAAGAAAAUGUGGUACCCAAGACCCUUCAGGAUGGUUUGAUGGCAAAACUUUGACCAUUUCAU